UAAUCUUAAAAAUGUUGCAUAUAAGAUAAAGAGAGACUCUAGUCUAUGCAUAAACAUCAAACAUACAUUACAGCACUAGCUAAAUCAGCGGCUGUGUAGUAAAGGUUGUGGAAGCCAUGGCCGUAGACACACCACUUCUUACCAAUAACCACAGCAACCUUGAAGAUGAAAAGCAAUUGGGUUUUGUUAAGGACUUUGGUGUAGAGUCAAAGAAGCUAUGGAAGCUUGCUGGCCCAGCAAUCUUCACUGCAAUAUGUCAGUACUCACUGGGUGCACUCACUCAGACUUUUGCGGGUCUCGUCGGAGAGAUCGAGCUCGCAGCUGUGUCAGUUGAAAACUCGGUCAUUGCCGGGCUUGCCUUUGGUGUCAUGUUGGGAAUGGGAAGUGCAUUGGAGACACUUUGCGGGCAAGCAUACGGUGCAGGGCAAAUCAGGAUGUUGGGAGUGUACAUGCAAAGAUCAUGGGUCAUUUUGUUGACUACGGCUUUAGUUUUGGUUCCAAUCUAUGUUUGGUCUCCUCCUAUCCUUGAGCUAAUUGGAGAGACCGAGGAGAUAUCUGAGGCAGCUGGGAAAUUUGCUAUAUGGAUGCUUCCACAGUUGUUCGCAUACGCACUCAAUUUUCCAAUCCAAAAGUUUCUGCAAGCACAGAGGAAAGUCCUAGUCAUUACAUAUAUAUCGGUUGCGGUACUGGUGAUACAUACAUUUUUCAGUUGGUUGCUAAUAUUGCAUCUUGGGUGGGGCUUAACUGGAGCGGCAAUCACUUUGAAUACAUCAUGGUGGCUCAUUGUUCUUGGUCAAUUGGCUUACAUUUUCUAUACCAAGUCCGAUGGUGCUUGGGCCGGAUUCUCAUGGCUAGCAUUUGCAGACUUGUGGGGCUUUGUGAAGCUUUCAUUGGCUUCUGCUGUAAUGUUAUGCUUGGAGUUUUGGUACCUGAUGAUACUGGUAGUUAUAACAGGUCGUCUGCCGAAUCCUCUUAUACCAGUAGAUGCCAUCUCUAUUUGCAUGAACAUACAAGGAUGGGAUGCGAUGAUUGCACUUGGGUUCAAUGCUGCAAUAAGUGUGAGAGUAUCAAAUGAACUUGGAGCUGGCAAGGCUCGGACUGCAAAAUUUGCAGUGCUAGUGGUUUCUAUGACAUCUGUUUCCAUAGGGGUUGUUUGCAUGGCCGUAGUAUAUGCAACAAGGGAUUAUUUCCCAUACCUUUUCACCACUAGUGUGGCCGUCGCUGAAGAAACUACCCAACUUGCUGUCUUGCUGGGAAUCACAGUGCUUCUAAACAGCCUUCAACCAGUGUUAUCUGGUGUUGCUGUUGGAGCUGGAUGGCAAUCUCUUGUCGCAUACAUCAACAUUGGCUGCUACUACAUUGUUGGAUUGCCAGCUGGAAUACUAUUGGGAUUCACAUUUGGUUUUGGAGCUGAGGGUAUAUGGUCAGGUAUGAUUGGAGGCAUUGUUUUGCAAACUAUAAUCUUGAUUGUGGUCACUUCAAUAACAAACUGGAGAAAAGAAGCUGAAGAAGCAGACAGCCGUGUGAAGAAAUGGGGAGGAGGAACAAUUAGUGAAGAGUGAUCUAAAUUCAUAAACGCAACAUUGUGGCGGAAACCAUUGGUAGAUUGAACCAAUGUUGUAUCGAGCAAUUCUUGUCAAUUCUAUGCAGACGUUUAGAAAGAAGUGAAUUACAUCAUGGAACUACUCAAAAUGUUACCCAUGGGUUGUACUCUUGAGCAAGAAAAUCCCUUUGAUCGAUUAGUUGGCAACAAGCUAAAAUAGUCUUUAUUCUACUAAUAUAUAGGAGUGGAUUUGGUCAUGAUAAAUUUUGUAUUCUCAGGAGUGAUUUGCACAUUUCAGCUAUUUUGAGACAAUAAGUUGAUUAACGAAUUUCUGACCAAUAAUGUAAUCAGAUCCUUAAAAUCUUGGGUGCAUGGAUAUCUCAUUCUGAUGAAA